AUGCCUGCAACGUUGGCGUUCCUGUGUCUGGUUGCACAUUCCUCAACAUCGGCCGCCGCGUCUACCUGUCAAGGAGGAGCUCCUUCAAGAGCUUUCCUCGCCCACGGCAGGCGGUCUUCGGCCCUGACCAGCUCUAACGCUCGGUCAUGUAACCCUGGCCCAACAACGCAGGGAGAGUCUGGUCAUGGCGAGGACGCAUUAGAAACGUUUGCCUUGGUUGUGAGAGGAGGAAGCGACGAGGAUCCAUCCCUCACUACGCUCUUUAUGCGAGUCCUAAUGCCAGGCUUUAGACGAGACAAGGGCGGGGACGGGGAGUUGGACUUGGAAGGAGGUGGGCUGAUGCGAAGGCUGAAGCGGUUGGUGUCCGGGGUGUUUCGGAAAGUGCGAGGGUCGCCGGUCCCCAUCACUGAACCCAAAGGUGAGGCAAAAAACGUAGCGACCAAGAAAAAGAGCAAGGGAAAAGCUAAGGGGGCAACAACUACAUCCCACCUCGAGAAGACGUACCGUCCAGGGAACGCCAACUAUCGGAUACAGAAGGAAUUGAAAGAAUUCAUGGCCAACCCGCCUGAUUGCUGCAAGGUCAGCGUCGGUAAGAACAUCAGAGUAUGGAUCAUCACCAUCAGCGGGGCGGAAGGCACCAUUUACGCAGGAGAGAAGUUCCGGCUUAGAGUAUCCUUCCCCGAGGAGUACCCUACCAAACCGCCGGCGGUGUACUUCCUGCAAUCUCCGCCGCCGCCGAAACACCAGCACAUCUACACCAACGGAGACAUCUGCCUGAGCUUGUUGAGCUCCAGAGACUGGAAACCAAAUCUCACCGUCAUGUCUCUGGCGCUGAGCAUCCUCAGCAUGCUCUCUAGCGCCAAGGAGAAGCGCCUCCCAGAAGACAACGCUACACAUGCGGAAGCGAGACCAGGGCAGGCUCAACAGUGGAUAUACCACGAUGAUCUGUGUUAGGCGUGGACCACAACAUGGCCGGCAGUUGC